AUAAUAAUAAAACAGAACCUAAACCAAACAAAACCCUACAAACAAGGAAAUUAGAAAAAGAAAAAACUUUUCUCGCUCUCUCUCUUACAGAAAUCAAAUCGUGUCCGGUGUCUUCUAAGCUCACCAUUAUUAUUACCUUUAUUUAUUUUUGAAUCAAAAAGUUAAAAACCCCUCAAAGCCUUUAACUUUCCCAGAGAAACCCAAAAGGUAGAAAACAGCUUGAGCUGAUCAUUGUUAUGGUAGUGAUAUAAGCCGAAGUGGGUUUCUUUUAUUUGUUGUUUUUAGCUGCGUAUUGAGGAAUAACAAUGGCGGGAAUAGCAAUAUUGCUAGAUCUAUGCAAGAAAAACCCAAGCUUUUGCUCCCCACAAAGCUUCCACUCUUCUGGGUUCUUUUCUGCCUCCGCUGCCGCCGCAUCAGCCGCCGCUACCUUUGCUGCUGGAACCCCUUUUGCCUCUAGGUUCCUUUUUGGUUAUCCCAAGGUCUCUCAUUGUGAUGCUGCUGCAGAAUUGCCUGAAGAUUACAUUUCAAAGAUACAAAGAGUAUCUGAAGAUAUCUUUAAGAAUGAUGCUCUUAAAUACACUGUCAAGGAGUAUAAAAUUGAGUUAAAGCCUCUUUUUUCAGCUUUUGAGUUGAGGCCAUUUGCUAUGACAACUUUGAGGUCAUUUCUGAUGUUCUAUUUGCCUCUAUUGGAGCCUUCUAUGAACACAGAAGAGGAUGAUGAUGACUUCCUACAGGACACUCCGGAAGAGCGCCACGUGGAUUUAGUUGUUCCCUUCAAAAAAUCAGUGAAGCAAAUAAUUCGUGAGACUACUGUUGUAACAACAAGACGGGUUCUUGAAAGACUUGCUGUUAUUUAUGUUUCGCAACGCAUGGCAUGGAAACUCCUUAAAGACGUUCCAAAAUCAGCUGUCCGGAAGUCCCAAAGGGGAAUGCCUGCCACAGUGUACUUCUUCAGAGUUAGCAGAACAACUUUCAGAGGUCAUCUUCUUGGAGUUGCAGCAGCAUGGCUUGUCCAAACUGGUAUUGAAAUCUACCGAUGCUUUUCUCGCAUAACGAACUCUGAAGAGAGUGACGGGGUCAACAUAACAGAACAAACUAAACUUCUUGGAAAGAAGAUUACCGGUGUUACCAUCAGGUGUGGAGCAUCAUUGAUUUUUGCUUCCAUUGGAGCAGGGAUUGGUGCUACUCUUUUUCGUCCUUCAAUUGGUCAGUGGAUUGGCUGUGCUGCUGGAGACUUGGCCGGUCCCAUUAUCGUAUCAGUUUGCCUCGAGAAAGCUCUUCAUGUGGACCUCUAGAGCACUGGAUAUUACUCAUUCAACUACUUCAAAUUUCAAAUUUGUUUUGCUGAAGCAGAAACUGCUUCUCAAGCUGCUGAUCCGAAAAUAUCCCUUUUGGGGCAAUACUUUUUCUCGGUUUAUACCAAUGAAUUUUUCCUACCCU